GCCCUUCGCCUUCGCGCACCAUCAGCCAGCCCGGCUCCCCGCGUCCUCCCUCGCUCCCGACCCCGAGCCGUCGAGCCAAGGCGCCAUGGAGGUGCAGAAGGAAGCGCAGCGCAUCAUGACCCUGUCGGUGUGGAAGAUGUACCACUCGCGCCUGCAGCGCGGCGGCCUGCGGCUGCACCGCAGCCUCCAGCUGUCCCUGGUCAUGCGCAGCGCCCGCGAGCUCUACCUCUCGGCCAAGGUGGAGGCCCAGGAGCCCGAGGUGGCCGGCCGCCCCUCCGACCCGCGCCUGCUGCUUCUCGCCUCGCCUCCAGCAGCAGCAGGCACGGCCGACGCGGCGCCCCCCGACGGAGAGCCGCCGUCCCCCGAGCCCAUGGACACCGAGGACAAGGAGGAGGAGGCCCCUCGCCCCGCCCAGGCCAGCCGCAAGAGACGGAGUAGCAGCCGCCCGAACGACGGAGGACUGGUUCCCAGCAAGAAAGCCCGCCUGGAGGAGGAAGAGGAGGAGGAGGCGGAGGAAGGAAGAAGAGACGGCCGCGCGUCUCCAGCCCGCCGCCCGGCCGAGGGCGCCUUCCCCAACCUGGCGCGCGUCCUGCAGCGCAGCUUCUCCGGCCUCCUGCACGCAGCCCCGGCGGCCCCCCCGACGGCCGUCCCCGCCCCGUGCGAGGCCACGCCGGCCUGCCGCCCUCCGGACUCGAUGCUCAACGUGCUGGUGCGCGCCGUGGUGGCCUUCUGAGGGACCCGAGCCGCCGCCGCCGCUGCUGCUGCUGCUGCUGCUUCCACCGGAGCCCGUGGGGACCCGUGUCGUCGGGGG